GAGGCACCUGAGUGUGUAGUUGUUUGCUUCGUCGUGUUAUUUUGGCGUGAAGUAAAAGAGUUGAGAGAGAAAGGAAGUCAAAACUUAGAGAGAGAGAGAGUGGAUGGGGGACACGAAGGUGGAGACAAUCUCGAGGUUAGCUCAAUGGAGGAUUGAGAAUUUUGGACCUUGCUCUUUCAAAAAAUCAGAUCCUUUCAAAGUUGGGAUUUGGAAUUGGCAUCUGUCAAUAGAGAGGAACCGUUAUUUAUCAGUGAGGCUAUUCCCAGAACUGUCUAGAGUAGCUAAGGAGCAACCUCCUGUUGCCAAAUUUGUUCUUCGUGUCUCCAACGUUGGUCCUAAUCGUAGAUUCUACAUCUCUCCUGUUUAUGAAAAACUACUGCGUACAACUGAUGAUUGUGUGUGGCAUGUGGAUUCCAGCUUCCACGGUCGAUUCACCAUUGAUGUCGAGUUUCUUGAUCUCAAAAUCUUCCCUUUGAAUGGUGGUGAAGCUUCACCUGUUUGGCCAACUGAUGAAACAAUGCAAUCAAUCUCAACACAAACCACUCUCAAAUGUUUAUCCCGGAUGCUAGAGGAAAGCAUCCUAACCGAUGUAACAAUCCACACAGCCGACGGCACGCUCUCUGCUCACAAAGCCAUCCUCUCGGCUAGCUCAACGGUAUUCAAAAGCAUGUUCCACCACGACCUCAAGGAAAAAGAAUCAUCCACAAUCCACAUCGACGACAUGUCAAGAGAAUCUUGCAUGGCUCUCCUAAGUUACCUCUACGGGAACAUAACCCAAGAAGACUUCUGGAAACACAGGCUCGCUCUACUCGGUGCUGCAAACAAGUACGACAUAACGGAUUUGAAAGCGUCAUGCGAGGAAAGCUUAAUGGAAGAUAUAAACUCGGGUAAUGUGCUCGAGAGGCUACAAGAAGCAUGGCUUUAUCAGCUGGAGAAACUGAAGAAAGGGUGUCUGAUGUACUUGUUUGAUUUCGGAAAGAUUUAUGAUGUCAGAGAAGAAAUCAGUAGUUUCUUCAGGCAAGCUGAUCGAGAACUGAUGCUUGAGAUGUUCCAAGAGGUUUUAUCAGUUUGGAAACCGGUCUAAAAUAUUACCUGAAUAUAUCAGUCUGAUGGUGUGUUUUGUUUAUAGUCGUCGUGUUCCACCUUGUGUGUGUGUAAAACAACUACUAACAACGCAGUUCAUUGAUUUUGUUGUACUGUGUAUAUAGUAAGUGUAUUGGAGUGGUUUGCCCAUC